AUUUCAUUCGGCGAUCGAUCGAACCAGAGAGAAAGUAACAAAAUGGCGUUUUCGUUAGAUCUUAAGCGAGUGUUGAUCAGUGACAGCGUUGAUAGCUGCUGCAAAACAAUUCUCGAAGCGAAUGGCAUCGCUGUGGACUUAAAAACAAAGCUCACCAAAGAAGAGCUUCUCGCAGAAAUACCGAACUAUGAUGGUCUGAUUGUUCGAUCAGCUACUAAGGUGACUGCAGAAGUGAUCAAGGCUGGAAAAAAACUCAAAAUCAUCGGUCGCGCAGGAACAGGCGUUGACAACAUCGAUAUUCCAGCAGCUUCACUUCAAGGAAUUAUUGUUAUGAACACACCAGGUGGCAACACAAUAAGUGCUGCUGAACAGACUUGUGUACUUAUCAGCUCUCUUGCAAGACAUAUUCCACAGGCUGCUGCAUCCAUGAAAGAAGGAAAAUGGGACAGAAAGAAGUACAUGGGAACUGAGUUGCUUGGCAAGACCCUUGCAAUUGUUGGAUUAGGAAGGAUUGGUAGAGAAGUAGCUCAUCGAAUGCAGUCUUAUGGAGUGACGACCAUUGGUUAUGAUCCACUUGUUCCUGCUGAUGAAGCAGCAAAGUAUAACAUUGAGUGGAUGGAGCUCAACCAACUGUGGCCCAAAGCUGACUACAUUACAGUGCACACUCCUCUUAUUCCACAAACAAAAGGUCUCUUGGGUGAUAAAACAUUCCCACUCUGUAAAAAGGGUGUCUAUGUGGUGAACUGUGCACGUGGCGGCAUUAUUGAUGAGGCUUCACUGUUGAAGGCCCUGGAGUCAGGACAGUGUGGUGGAGCAGGGUUGGAUGUGUUUGAGAGUGAACCUCCAACUGGAGUAUCAGCGCAGUUGGUCCAGCAUCCUAACGUAAUAGCCUGUCCUCAUCUUGGUGCCAGCACAGUUGAAGCACAGACCAGAGUUGCGAAAGAGAUUGCUGAGCAGUUUGUAGAUGCCGUACAGGGAAAGGCACUCUUUGGUGUGAUCAAUGCAGCAUUCUUGACAGAAGCCCUGAAGUCCCAUGCACAGCCCUGGUUAAGUUUGGGAGAUAAACUUGGUAAGGUUGCUGCAUGCCUUGCUCAAGGAAAAAUCUCCAAGGUAACAGUGACAACACAUGGUGCUGAAAUGAAGUCUACAGGUUGCUACAUCACUGCUGCAGUGUCAGCAGGAAUUAUUGGAGGAAAUGAUAUUAAUUUGGUAAACUCUGCUGUCGUUGCCAAAGAGAAAGGAUUUGAGGUAUCGUGCAACCAUGUUGAUGCUGUAGGGCUCCCUUACGCUGCUGCAGUGUCAGUCACAGUCAACAGUGAUGGCAAAGAUACCACAGUAACAGGAGCAGUGGUUGGUGUUGGUGUUCCUGUGCUAGUCAAGUACAAUAGCCUGGUGUUCAGUGGUGCUGUGUCACUCUCUGGAAACUUGUCCUUUGUCAAAGGAAAUCCUGGAAAGGUUUUGGCUGAAAUUGUGCCUAAGUUUGGCGAUAAUGGUGCAAUCAACUACGUCCAUGUUGCAGGGGGUGGUGCGGAGAGCAUAGUCGUCAUCUGCACCUCAUCUCCAAUCUCUGCCAAUUGCCCAUGUGUUUCACUGUAAUUUCGGUCAGGUCUUAGAGGUUGCUAACUGGUCUCUCUUGCAGUUUUGAGUUGGAUUGUCAUGGAAUGCUCCUCACCUGGACAAGUUGCGUGACAACCCAGUUAAGAAUUGUGAAAGACACAAGGUGGUCGUGAGGUUUCAUUGAAACAAUGUGAACAUAGUUUGACUCUGCCAAAAUAAUUGACUAAUGACAUGUUAGAAUGUAUCAAAUUGAUGUAUCCAAACAAGAUUUUUUUAAAGAGUGAAUUCUUCAUGAACUGACACAAAGAUGCUGGUUUCACUUUGCUGAAAUAGAGGGUGAAGAUGUAGAAGUGCUUUAGUAGAAGCUUUGUUGUGACUUCAGGGUGAAGUUUGUUUGACUUAAUUUCAAGCACAAGCAUAAUAUUAUACAUCACAUGAGGCACGAAGUGGACAGAUUGAGAACAGUGUGGCUUGAAAUUAAUCAACAAGGGAGCAUUUGCUUCUCCAUCAGCUGACAAUUGAGCUGCUGUACAAGACCGAUAAACAACCUGAAGUUGAGAUUAUUUAUUAUUUUAUGUCAAAUUUCCUGUUCAGUAUAUACAUGUAUCUUGUACAGCAGUUCCUUCUGUGUUUUGUGUUCUGGAGGUUACAAGUUCUAAUAAACUAAAUUAAAACUAUAUAAUAAUUAUUAUAGUUUAUUAGGUAAGUUAUGUGAUGGUGCAACUAAACAAAGCCAGUCUAUGAGUGAGUGAUUUUUUCCCCUUGCCUUGUUACAUCCUUCCUGUCACAGACAUAAUAAUGGCUUGGUAAUAACAUUAUUGUUACUUUAAUAAAUCUCUCUCUUCAGGUAAUUAAUGAGCCAUAUCAAAAACCCAACUUGGCCCCCAAGACAUAGGGGAAUAUAGAAAACAUUAGCCUGAGAAAAGCUAUUCUUUAUGUCUUCACUAUUUUACAGCUCAUUUAAAAAGGACGUAUUUUCACUUCAAUAAAUACCGUACUGCUGUGA